AUGCUCGGAUGGUUUACGUCAUUCCGGGAACAUGGAGCACCGACAUUUUAUGGCGAGAACCGUACACCGGUGAUGCUUGACACUCAUAUCGUCGGGCUGUUCUCGAUUUUCGUCGUACCGUCGAUUACGUUCCUCAUCAUUCUGCCCGGUGUACGCAAGAAACGUCUCCCGUCAGCGUGUUCCUUCUUUUUCAGCAUGUAUGUCGGAGCGACGUUAUUA